AUGCUCGUGCUCGUCGUUUACCUGCUGCUCCUCCCGCUCGCAAGCGGCCUCAUCUCUGCCGCCGUCCUCCCGGGCGCAUGCCUAAACGCCACCUUCGCCGAGUGUGACGACCCCUCCUCUGCCAUCAACGGUGCACCCGAGUGCGAGCCCGCGGUUCUCGACGACUUCGUGGCCAGCAUCAGCUCCGGCAGCAUCGAGAACUGCAGCGGCUCGCUUUUGAUGUUCGAGUGGCUGUCAGCUCUCGCGCAGCAGUGCCAAUCGACGGGCGCGUUCAUCUCGUCGCAGGGAAUGCGGCGGAUAUUGUGUUCGCCCUCGACACCCUUCUUCGAUCUCGACGCGCUGGACACUGCCGCCGGCAUCUUUCUCAUUGGCACCAGCUACAAGUUGCCCAUUGACGCUUGGCAGGGCUUCUACGCGGCGGACAUAGCGGGCUGGCAGUGGGUGUCCAUGCUCCCAAAGGACUAUGAGGACCUCGGCUUUACCAAGGGUGAGGCGUACGGGGCGUACGAGGGAGCGCAAGGCACGGUCGAUAAAUACGGCGAGCCGGGCGAAUACGCGUGGCCCGGUUUGGACGAUAUUCUCGGUCCAACGAUUAUAACGCCGCAGAUCGUGCUGCAGCGCCUGAUUGACGUGCGCUCUCCAGAGUACUUUGAGGUUGAGUACCUCGUCACGCUCUCCUGGGAGGACCAGCGCAUCUUCAGCGAGUGCAACGGGACCGUCAAGUCGACGGAGGCCAAAGACCCGGGCCGCAAGGUGGACACGUGCGACAUCUACUGGCGGCCGGAGCUGCAGCUUCCGAACGCGCUGGAUGGAGAGGUAACGCUCGUGGAGGACAGCGGUCUCACGACCGUCGUCGGUACGGACUGGGACUCCGAGUACACAGAACGCGUGGCGCCGCCGCGCUCCUUGGCUCUCCUCUCAUACCGCCAGCGGGCCAAGUUCAUGGCCGUCAUCGAUGAGCGUGAGCUUCCGUAUGACUCGCACACGCUCGACUUUGUGAUGGCGAUGCCGGACGUGCUCGCCUCCGAGGCGUGCUUCCAGGUCGGCGGCCCUCGCGACACGGUCCUCGUCGACUUGCCCGCCUCGCAGCUCGGGUCGAGCUGGGGGCGGACGGGCGACCCAGUCAAGGCGCGGGGCGACGACCUCCAGGUCCGCAAGUCGGUUGGGGUGGGCAAUCCGAUCUGGGACAUUGUCGACUUCACGGCGGAGGUGGUCGUAAUGCCGACAACGCUCGGGAGCGUGGCGGCGAUGGCUACCUCCGACUGGGCGACUGCGAACAACCCCUCCUUCCAGUACCGCACCCUCCUCGAGGCGCAGGGGUUCGACUUUGAUCAGCAAGACAGCGACCCGACGAGAUCCACAUGCGCCCUCCGCCUCUCCAUCACCAUCGACCGGCGGAUGAACUACCACAUGUGGAACUUCAUGAUCAUGCAGUUUGUCCUCGUCCUGCUCGGCAUGUGCACGUUUGCGGUGGACCCGUGCGCCAUCGACGCCCGGCUCGGCCUCGCCUUCACGAUGGUGCUCGCGAUCAACGUGUUCCAGAUCCUGCUCGUCGAGAACCUGCCCGAGAUGGGGGACCUCAGCAGGCUGCAGUGGUUCACCAU